GGAUAUUGCAGAGCGCACUGGAGCCCUGGCCAGCGCGCAGCCUUCCCGGCGCCGGCGGGCUGGGUCUUGGGAAUUCUGGUUUGCUUUGGCUCACUCGCUUUUUCCAAACCACUGGAUCUUACAUGCCUCUGUACCCCCCACUUCCACUCCAUGUCCCCAUGCUCCUGCGCCAGCAACAGGACAUGUUCUCUGGAUGUCAGCUGAGUCAUUAAAGUAACUCUGCAUGUCAGUAGACAGACCUUGGUAGAACCACAAGGCUCCCAGAGACACCCAUCUCUCCUCAUUUUUUUUGUGUGUGUGUCUUCACCGAACAUUCAAAACUGUUUCUCCAAAGCGUUUUGCAAAAACUCAGACUGUUUUCCAAAGCAGAAGCACUGGAGUCCCCAGCAGAAGCGAUGGGCAGUGUGCGAACCAACCGCUACAGCAUCGUCUCUUCAGAAGAAGACGGUAUGAAGUUGGCCACCAUGGCAGUUGCAAAUGGCUUUGGGAACGGGAAGAGUAAAGUCCACACCCGACAACAGUGCAGGAGCCGCUUUGUGAAGAAAGAUGGCCACUGUAAUGUUCAGUUCAUCAAUGUGGGUGAGAAGGGGCAACGGUACCUCGCAGACAUCUUCACCACGUGUGUGGACAUUCGCUGGCGGUGGAUGCUGGUUAUCUUCUGCCUGGCUUUCGUCCUGUCAUGGCUGUUUUUUGGCUGUGUGUUUUGGUUGAUAGCUCUGCUCCAUGGGGACCUGGAUGCAUCCAAAGAGGGCAAAGCUUGUGUGUCCGAGGUCAACAGCUUCACGGCUGCCUUCCUCUUCUCCAUUGAGACCCAGACAACCAUAGGCUAUGGUUUCAGGUGUGUCACGGAUGAAUGCCCAAUUGCUGUUUUCAUGGUGGUGUUCCAGUCAAUCGUGGGCUGCAUCAUCGAUGCUUUCAUCAUUGGCGCAGUCAUGGCCAAGAUGGCAAAGCCAAAGAAGAGAAACGAGACUCUUGUCUUCAGUCACAAUGCCGUGAUUGCCAUGAGAGACGGCAAGCUGUGUUUGAUGUGGCGAGUGGGCAAUCUUCGGAAAAGCCACUUGGUGGAAGCUCAUGUUCGAGCACAGCUCCUCAAAUCCAGAAUUACUUCUGAAGGGGAGUAUAUCCCUCUGGAUCAAAUAGACAUCAAUGUUGGGUUUGACAGUGGAAUCGAUCGUAUAUUUCUGGUGUCCCCAAUCACUAUAGUCCAUGAAAUAGAUGAAGACAGUCCUUUAUAUGAUUUGAGUAAACAGGACAUUGACAACGCAGACUUUGAAAUCGUGGUCAUACUGGAAGGCAUGGUGGAAGCCACUGCCAUGACAACACAGUGCCGUAGCUCUUAUCUAGCAAAUGAAAUCCUGUGGGGCCACCGCUAUGAGCCUGUGCUCUUUGAAGAGAAGCACUACUACAAAGUGGACUAUUCCAGGUUCCACAAAACCUACGAAGUCCCCAACACUCCCCUUUGUAGUGCCAGAGACUUAGCAGAAAAGAAAUAUAUCCUCUCAAAUGCAAAUUCAUUUUGCUAUGAAAAUGAAGUUGCCCUCACAAGCAAAGAGGAAGAUGACAGUGAAAAUGGAGUUCCAGAAAGCACUAGCACGGACACGCCCCCUGACAUAGACCUUCACAACCAGGCAAGUGUACCUCUAGAGCCCAGGCCCUUACGGCGAGAGUCGGAGAUAUGACUAACUGAUUCCUUCUCUGGAAUAGUUACUUUACAACACGGUCUGUUGGUCAGAGGCCCAAAACAGUUAUACAGAUGACGGUACUGGUCAAGAUGGGUCAAGCAAGCGGCCACAAGGGACUGAGGCAAGCACAAUGGUUUCAAAGAAAGACUGUAAGCUCCAUGACUAGCAUAAAGCACUAACCAUGUCUCCAUGUGACCCGAUGGCACAUAGAUGUUGUAGAAUAAGUUAUGGGUUUUUAUGUUUUGUUUUGUGUUUUUCCAAAACUUGAACUUGCAGGCAAGCCUUGGUUGGGUAUUUGAUUUAUCCAGAAUGCUUCUCUUUAGGGAACAAGGAUGUUUUUAAUGGCAUAACAAAGGCAAGACUCUGCCUUAAUUUUUGAAAAGCUGCUAACUACAUGAACACAAAUGUGUAUUUUUGUUGCAGUGUAGUUUUCCUUUUGUGUAAUUUUAAAGUCAGUGUUGAAUUUUAUUGAAAGCUCAUGAUGCGCUUCAAAGUGGCAAGUAUUUGGCUAUUAACUGCCAAAACAAGAGCCUGAUUUUUUGAGGCCAGUAAUUUGUUUGCUAGAAUUGAUUUUUUUUCUCUCUCUCUUUGUUACAUAAGGGCAUUAUGUAACACUAGCCAAAUGGUAGCCUCUGGGUUGUUGUUGUUUUUUUCUUUUCCUCCAUGAUGUUAAUGGGUUAUCUCAAAUUUUAAGUUAAACUACCUAAAAUAAAUACCAAAGAUAAUGCAUAUUUUUGCACAGUGGAGCUUACACUUAAAAGAAAACAAAGCCCCAUGGGCUGCCUUGAAAUCAAGAGACAAUAACUUUGAACCUCAGCAAGACCUCGAACCGCCGGUUCAUUUUGCACCUUAUUCAGAAAAUAGAGCAUCAUACUCACCGAGUCUAGUCAGUGUAGUGCUUUUAAAAAUUUUGUCCUUUCAUGUAACUUUUUUAUUUUAAGAGGAAGAAGAAGAAAGGGGCACACACACACAAUACCGACGUCUAUCCUUUCCUGCUAGGCAGUGCUGGCCAGGCUCAUCUGUAGUGUGCAAGAUGGUGAUGUACUCUUAUAUUUUUCUGGGCUUUUCCUUUUGCACAUUCCAAAAUUCAUUUCAUAAGACAAGAUCUUCAUAGGACCUCCUUGGCAUCCUGGCAUUCUCAAAACUGAGCCAUCCAGCAUGAAAGAUAAAUGGGUUUAAACCCUUGCUGCUGAAUUUAUUGCCUGGACUGUCAGGACAUCGCCAGCCCACCUUCACCUUAGAGAAGAUGCCACACCUGGCCUCCACGCUUGCUCUUCUGAUCAGUCUGUCGGGAUUGAGUCCUACAGUGUCAGAUAGGGCGGCAAAUGCCAAAGCAGGGAAACAGGGAGGUGUGGACAAGCCAGUUUGAUGCAGCACUUCAGAUCAAGUGCUUAGGAAGGAGAGGAAACUUGCCUUUUUUAUGGCAGAGGAUAGUAAUGAAAAUGUCUCAGUAUUUUAGGGUCAAUGAGAGCCAUAAAAAUAUAACAUAAUCACAAGUAAAGGAGAUAAUGGUCUAAAACAGCUAUUUCCCUUUUCUGUGUGCAUACUUAUGACUGAAUGUGAGCUAAGCAUUUUCUCCUGUGGAGCAGGUUACUAAGGAAGGACACAUUGUUUUCCAGAAGCCUCCCCUGCCUGGCUGACUGCCUUGCUAGAAACAUAAUUUUUUUUUUUUCUCACUGAAGCUCAAUAAUGGAACUCUUUUUUUUUUUUUUUUAAUUUAAAGUUCCCUAUUUGUGAAUUCUGGGAUUACUGACUUUUCUUUUUAAUUGGAGUCUCAAAAUCAACUCUCUUAUGGUAUUAUAUCUCUGUAUGCCAUUAAAAAACAGCUUGUUCUAGAAUCAUGUAUUUUGUAAACUGAUGUUUGUGAUGGUCUCUGGUUCUUGAACAGCCAUAUCUGAAUGCCGUGCCUGCAAAACUAUGACAAUUUUUGCUGUUUUCAGCCUUCAGAUUUGAUGGCUUGGAAAACUGAGGUGUUAUUUUCAAUGAAACAAAGAAAGAGAUGUUAAGCAAGUGGUUGUUUUAGAUCCAAAUGUAAAGGCAGGUUUGGGAAGGUGUUUAAAGAGUUGGAGGAAUUGGGGAUUGAGUGGACAAGAAAACUUACAGAAGAGGCAACAAUUUGGUUCUUGACAGUGAGAGGAUAUUGAGGGCUUCAGCUGCUGCUAUUAUGAUGUUUUGCAAAGGAAAAUAAUCAAACCAAAGAGUAUUCAGUGAUACGUAAAUUAAAUGAAGAUACAGUGGAGAAUGGGGGUGACCACAAAAGAGGCUCCCCCUAAACACACAGUGCUGCCACUUAAAAAGACUUGAGAAAUUUGAAAGGGGGUGGGUAUGGGGGGGGCAAGAAAGAGGGAGGGACAUCUUUCAACUUAUUUCUGAAAAAGAGAAAAAAAUAUAAAAUUUCUGGUGCACAGGUUUGUUUUUUCAAGAAAAUUUUGCAGAAGCUAUGUUUUUAAAGUGUACAUUUUAUAAAGUUUAUCAGAUAUUUUCAUAUUUAAAGCCAAAUGUAAAUAGAGGUCUGUAAAGAAAAAUAAUUGCCAUAGAAAGUAUAAUUUCAGUGCAGUAAUUUCUGAGAGCUAGUACCUAUAUGCUACCGGUUAGCAUGGUUUUAGCAAAUAUAUACCAGCCUUAUAAGGUUCGUAUUGCUAUGUUCUUCUGUUAUUUAUUUCAGCAUGGACUGUUCAUUUGAAACCUUUUUCUAGUUAUUAGCGUUUUAACAGUUACAAGCUUUAAAUGGCAAUUUUUUUUUUUUUUUUUUGUCAAGAGCCAAGACACAGGUAAUGCACGACAUUGAUUGCUGCAUUUUACCUUCAAAAUAUUUGUCCUUAUUGACUGGGUCUCCUUAAUUAGUGUACACAUGUCAUUAGAAUGCAGACGGAGGGGACUCACCAUGAAUAUCUGGGGUCGAUUCCCAGAUGUGUGUUGCUUCUCUAUUGCAAGCAGAUUCCCUGUUGGAUUUACUUCGGAUUUAUUCCCUUUUAAAGAAUUUUUGCCCAUAUCUGGAAGGGCACUAUAUUUUUGGGGGGAGCCAUAGAUUCCUGGUUAUCCUAUUUUUAAACAAAAUGUAGACAAAGUGAACUCUAUUUUGAUUAUUGAGAAAGGAGUAGUUUUCUAUCCCUCUAAGAGUAUACUUGAAUCCGACAUUUUAAGGAUGUCACUAUGGCACUGUUGUCAUUUCCAAAUUCCUAGAAAAGUUUGUUUUACUUUGUUUUUAUUCUGUUAAUGCAUUCUUUCUUCUCUUUACUUCCUUUCUUGCCAGUACACUCCUAUCCCAACUCUGUUUAUUUGAUGAGUUCUGUCCCGUAAAUCAUAUUUCCCUUACAAUUAAUAAAUGUCACUUCAUAUUUUACAAUAAACCACUCAGUAAAAGCAAAA